AUGCUGGAUCCCCCUUCCACUCCACCGUCUCUCCUCCCUCUUACCCUUCGUCGGACUGACGAAGGCACUCCUGCGACGUUCAGGAGGAUCGUCGGACUUCCUGAAGAGGAAGAUGCCAUCGCCACGAGCCAAGGCACCGUAAGAACAUCUGUAUCCCCGGUGGCAGAAAUGUUCAGGCCAGUGGGCCUCCUCCUGCAUUCUCAGUCUGUUCCUUGCUUCGGUAAUUAUGAAAACAUCAGCCACCUCGACACUCCAAAGUCUGAUAAGGCCACAUCGUCCGCCGGUUCUUCAUCGACGUCCACCACCGACACUGUCUCGGCAUGUGGACCGACAGCGGCUGCAGCGGCCUUGGGUCCUCGCCGAGUUCACGUCCGACCAACAGACGAGCUACGCAAACCCAGCAUCCUUGGGGGGCGCCGCAGUGCCAGCAGCAGCGUCAGCAGCGCAGGGCGUUUCAGCACCACGACGCACGACACGCUCCUGCCGCCAGACACUCUCUUCAUCCCUGAUAUAAUAAUCCCUCCUAGUUCACUUUUCCCGCCUCCUGGUCUCCAGCUUCCCGUCAGGAGAAGCUCUGCUGAAAGUCCCGGCAUUGCGCCUGAACUCAAGCAGAUCGAGCACGUCUCGCAGUUGGAUUUUCCCGACGAAGGCCCCCCUUGCCUCUUCUGCCGAUCUCCUCCGUCGUCAACAACUCACGACCCUUCAAUGCUGUCCACUUUGUCUGGAGGUCUUGUGAGGAGUCGAGAUGGCGGCAGAGGUGGAGCGCCUGCCUACAUGAACCUGCCGUCGCCCAACGUCGCGGCUGAGGAAGGAGAACAGCGACUGUUUACGAAGGACGGCGGGCCUCCAGCGUCGUGUUUGGACCCACGCGUGCGCUGCUCCACCGGCCACCACGAGGAAGCGUCGGACUCCGACACGGCAGCGGAGGAGGCGGGCCCUCCCCCGUCCUCCAUGACCCGGCGGGCGGCUCUCGUGCCUCCGAAGCUGCUGACGGACGGCGCGCCUUAUGAUGAGUCCGAGACCGAGCCUUCCAGGCCCGCCGGCGGAUCACAAGACGACUGCGUGAGUCGCCACAAGCGCCGCUCGUCCAUCGUCGUCAUCCCGCCCAUGCAAGUGUGUCCAGGAGACCUACUUGUGUACUCCAAGGUCCUCACACAGAGAACCAAUUUACUCGACUUGGACGGUUCGACACACAGCCUCUCCGUGACGGACACAGAUGGCAUAACGUCAAGAAAAGGAAAGAAUACUUGGUCGCUGCUAAAACUGUUUGACAGAAGUAACCGGACCAAGAGCGACUCACAGUGCGGCCUGGAAGAGGUGCUCAGUUUGCUGCGACCGUCAGAGUUCGAGGACAAGCAAUUAUCCAAAUACAAAGGAAUGUGCUGGAACGAUUUCGUGGCACAUAAAGAUGGCACUCUGAAAGAAAAUUCACCCUCGAGCAAAGAAGAUUCUAGCACUGACAAUAUGCUUGAUAAAAUUGCUCAACGUGAGUCGCAAGACUGUCUAGGGAGCUUACCAUCGCAUGGAAGUAUGAACGUAAGCGACAGAACCUCUCUUUUAGGGAGGGAUGGCAGCGAAAAACGGCUUGCAGACUUAGUCGAAGGUUCCGUGGUGACGAAGAGACAUCAUCCAUUGAAACUCAUGAGAACCAUGAGUGAGAGGACUCUCGACAGAGGAAGACCGAGCAAUUUUUUUAGCUUGCUCAGUGAAAGAGUUCAUCUUGAAAAAUCCAGCAAGUUCGUCAAUCCGCCCGCCAUUCCAAUGUCGACUGUACCACCGCAACCUUCUCCUACCCACCAUUCUUCCUCUUUGUCACCAUGUCUUUAUCCAAAGCCUUUUCCAUCUGACUCUAGAGCGACAUUGUUUUCAAGUGCCGCAAGUCCCACAUCAGCAGGUACGACAGGCGAAGGAACAUCUCCGGGUCAUCAGAGCGCGUCUUCAGCCACUCAGAGUGUGUCCUUAGGGCCACCAAUUUUAUCUCCUGGAGUCCAGUCAAGCUCUGGUGCGGCUCCAGCGACCGAAACUAAAGACUCAAGCGCCGCGGCUCCUCCAUCUGAUGCAGAAGAGCCGCCAAGUGAUCUCUGCUCUUUAGAGGGCGUUGAAAGAAUGCUUGAGGCUGCUAAAGAUAACGCCCAAGCGGCACUUAACAAGAAUGAGACCAAAAGAAGAGAGGCCGUCUGGGACCUUUUCCAGUCCGAGUGCACCUUCCUCUACGAUCAUCUCAUGGUUCUCAAGAAUGUCUACAUGGAGCCUCUAAAGAAGAUUCAAGUGGAUGGAUUCGCCAUGUUUGCAGAACCCGAGCUGCUCUUCGGGAACCUGGACGAGCUUUGUUGUGUCACUUACGCAUUCUGCAAAGAGUUCAUCAAUUUGCUGGAACUGCAUCAGGCGCCUGGAGGCCAACUGGACACCACCAAAGUCCUCGUCAAACUCUUCAGAAAGGGCUCGAAGGCAACAAUGCUGUGUCAGGCGUAUCACAGAUACGCCCUGAACUACAUCAACGCUCUCAACUACCUCGAAACUCUCCGCAGACAAGUCGAAUUCUGUGAAUUUGAAAAGUGGUGCAACCGUGACCCGCGGUGCAAGAAGCUGCAGCUCACAGACCUGCUGGUGGCGCCGGUGCAGCACAUCAUGAAGGUGCCGCUCAUCCUGCGUGACAUCGAGGCGCGCACGGAGGAGCCUCAGGAGAGGGCCGUCGUUAGGGAGAUUAUAGAGGCAGAAGAAAGCUCGCUAAGAGAACUUGAUGACAAGAUGAAGUGGCUCAAGAAUUUCGAACGGCUCUUGGAGAUCCAGAAGAACAUUUUCUGGCCACCUAUCACCGAGCUGGAUCCCAAAGUAUAUAUACCGGAAUUUUUAAAGAGCGCGAUUGCCCGGCAGCCGUGCGAGCGGCUGAUAGUGUCUCCGCGACGCCAGAUCAUCAUGGAGGGCGCUCUUCAUCUCCUGGACAACAACAAGCCGCAGGAAAUGUACGUCAUCCUCUUCGACGACAUGCUCCUCAUCACCCGCAGGAAGAAAGGACUCAGCAAAAAGAAAUCUUCCCUGUCUGAGAACUGGCCGAGCUCUUGUUCGCGGCCGUCGAGCGGCGAGUCUGCCAUGCGAUACAUCGUCUACAAGCAGCCCCUCUCACUGGACAGAUUCUUCCUACACGACGUCCCUGUGAGCGAAGCUGUCACGGCCAAACUCGAGUCCGCCUUUGUCAUGGUCAACCUCAACAGAUUCCAGCAGAUUGUUGCCGUCUACACCUUCCUCGCCCAGACCGACCAAGCGAAGCAAACAUGGCUGCUGAAGCUCCGCGACACUCAGGACAAGUGGAAGAGGACGCUGCAGAACACAGUCUUCAGGAACCAUCAUCGCCUCUCCGUGCCCGCCGCCUCCCCGCCCAAGCCACAUCCACUCGACCCAAAGUCCUUCGUAUAGACUAUGGAUCCUGCAGUAAAUACCAGCUCUACUUGAAUCAUGCCAAUAUACACCCGCAUACAUUAAAUUUUCAGUCAUCACUACCCACACUAGCUUUUUAUUCCUGCUUUAUAUCCUACCGAGGUAAAUCUUGAGUACUUUUCGAAGCUUUCCCUAUUGCUAUACUAUUUAUCAUUUAUCAUAUUUGCGUUUCAACAAAUGCUUCUGAGGAUUUAAUACUGAGAAUAUUAUGAUCAUAAUUUGAGAGCCCGGAAAUUCUGGAGGCGCAAAACAAAAAACAAUAUGUCCCAGACAAUGGGAUCUCUUCCUCUUAAAGAUUAAUUAGAAUUUCCCCUGAGCUCCUUAAAUCAAUAAUAUAACUAAUUUUCGAAGAGAUUCUCUCUAUCACUCUACUCUUUUGUAGGAAAUAAAGUCCCUUGAAGUGAAAAAAAAGUUGUCUAGGAAAUGUUUCUCUUGACUGCUAUGUACACAGCAUCAUACUAGCAUGAAACACACAAAAUCAUAAUGCCGUCACAUUACAUCUUUAUAAAUUUUAAUCCUCAAUUAAGCCCAGCAAACAUUGCGGCAUGAAAACCAUUCUCUGUUCUGAUUAUACUUAUACUUUCAUCAAGACUCAAAUAGUCAUUGCUGAGCGGUUAGUUAACUAACUGAUUAAUUUCGCGUUCAUUGCAGCAUAAGGUCUUUAUUUGACCAUCUUAAUAAAUGUCCAACUCCCAUUGUUCUUAUGGUUAAUAUUGUAACUCAAGAAGAAGGCAUUUACGAAGACGACAAGUUUUCAGUUCUCGAUUGAGAAAUAAUAUCCUGGAUGUGUAUCGAUGAGCGUUAGUUAUUCGUAACAAAUUCUACGAUAAGAUCUUUGUUGUUGGUAGAUUACAAUAAUGCUAGAUUUACUGUGUCAAUGGCCGGUGUCGAUCGUAGAUUCAUAGCGAUAUGGGAUGUUGGAUAUGGCUGUUCUCUAGAUAUAAUGACACUGGUUUUAUCCACUAUCUCACCAGUACAUUGAGAGUUUAUCGCCGUUAUUAUCGUAGUGUUCUGUUGAAUAUGAAAUCUCAGAGUGUUUACAGUCUUCGAAAAGCAAUUGAAUUUUCCUGCUAUCAUACAUUUCUGUAUAGAAUUGCUGUUAAUUUAUUGGAGAAUUUUCAUUGGAUGUAAAUAAAUGUAUAAUAUCUCUAGCCUGCAAGUACGUCAUACAGAAUUAGUUUGUUAGGAGCCCGU